GGCCGUGGGAAGCCCCUUGGUCAUGGACCCUACCAGCAUCUGCAGGAAGGCCCGGAGGCUGGCAGGGCGGCAGGCCGAAUUGUGCCAGGCUGAGCCAGAAGUGGUGGCAGAGCUAGCCCGAGGCGCUCGGCUAGGGGUGCGAGAAUGCCAGUUCCAGUUCCGCUUUCGCCGCUGGAACUGCUCCAGCCACAGCAGGGCCUUUGGGCGCAUCCUGCAGCAGGACAUUCGGGAGACAGCCUUCGUGUUUGCAAUCACUGCGGCCGGCGCCAGUCACGCGGUCACGCAGGCCUGUUCCAUGGGUGAGCUGCUGCAGUGCGGUUGUCAGGCACCCCAAGGAUGGGUUCUGCCUAGGCCCUCUAGCCUGCCGGGUACUCCCGGACCCCCUGGCUCAGCAGGAUCCCCAGAUGCCAACGCCGCCUGGGAGUGGGGAGGCUGCGGCGACGACGUGGACUUCGGGGACGAGAAGUCAAGGCUCUUUAUGGACGCGCAGCACAAGCGGGGUCGCGGAGACAUCCGUGCGUUGGUGCAACUGCACAACAACGAGGCAGGCCGACUGGCCGUGCGGAGCCAUUCGCGCACCGAGUGCAAGUGCCAUGGGCUGUCGGGAUCAUGCGCUGUGCGCACCUGCUGGCAGAAGCUGCCCCCGUUCCGCGAGGUGGGUGCGCGGCUGCUGGAGCGCUUCCACGGCGCCUCGAGGGUCAUGGGCACGAACGAUGGCAAAGCCCUGCUGCCAGCGGUCCACACGCUCAAGCCGCCAGGCCGCGCCGACCUUCUCUACGUGGCCGACUCGCCUGAUUUCUGCACCCCCAAUCGGCGCACCGGCUCGCCCGGCACGCGUGGUCGUGCCUGCAAUAGCAGUGCCCCAGAUCUCAGCGGCUGUGACCUGUUGUGCUGUGGCCGUGGCCACCGCCAGGAGAGCGUGCAGCUCGAGGAGAACUGCCAGUGCCGCUUCCACUGGUGCUGCGUAGUGCAGUGUCACCGCUGCCGCGUGAGCAAGGAGCUCAGCCUCUGCCUUUGA